AUGCCUUCGACCCCUUCCUCCAACAGCCGCAUCAAUGCAACGGCCGUCGAGAAUGCUUUCCCGACCCCCUCUACCGGCGACAGUUCCGACGCCUUUUAUCGAAUCAAAGGUAGCACCGGCAUGUCUCCAGCGCCCAAACGGAUGAUCAACCAGAACCGCGCGCAGUCCACCCCGCCAGAAAUUACACACUCGACCCAGUUUGGCAUCCUCACCAAAAGCACCGACGGGCAUUUAUCGGACGUCGCAAGCUUGGAACGCUCCUGGCAGAGGCUACAUUUAUCCAAGAAGAAGAGCCAAUACUAUAGCGACGCCUUUGCCUCCCGAGAACCAACCAACACCGCAAAGGAUCGAGUGGCAAAAGACUCAGUAGUGCUUGCUGAAAUCAAGCUGAAUUGCUGCCUGGAAUCUGAGAAAGAGUUUCUAAUCGAUCUGUCCUUCCGGUUGUCGGAGAUUUAUCAGCGGCCUGCAUCUUGUAUCAUGGCCAUGGCGUCUACAGAGGUUACAAUGCUUCUCGGAGGUAAUUCUGAACCCGCAUAUCAUCUCACCAUUACAGCUCUCUCCUCGGAGAUAGCUGCCACCAAGAACAAACGAAGCACGCAUCUGAUACAAGAUUUCGUGCUCGAUACCUUGCAAAUUCCUCCCAAGCGAGGGGUAGUGCACUUCGAAGCAGUCGCCGAGGAGAAUCUGGCCACAAAUGGGAUGACAGCGCUACAAGAGAUUGAACAAUUGGAAAGACAGUCGAACGAGGAGGACGGUCUCUUGAGAGCACUCAGCCAACACAGGAGCAGGAGGAACAAGAAGUCAAGCAUACCAGCACUUACCGAAAGGGUGAAAUCCGGGUUUCCAUCUUUCAGGGCUGCAACUCCGGGAAAUCAGUAUUUCAACACAGCCGCAACCGUAGAGACGAAGUCGACUGAAGCAAGUGGCCCAGGUAGGAAGCGCGUUAAAAGAAGACAGAGCAUUCUUGCCUUUUUCAGAAAAUGA